AUGAAUACUACUGCUACAUCUGCAGCACCGCUAAGUAGAAGGCGCAAAUCACGCUCUUCCCUAGCUUGCUUGCCCUGUCGAUCACGGCACCUAAAAUGUGAUGGAGUUCGGCCAUACUGCAGCCGGUGUAUCGUAGCCGCCCAGCAAUGCCAAUACGCUCAGUCGCGAAGAGGCGGCCUGGACCGCGCCGCUCUAGCUGAGCGACGCAAAAGGCUCGAGGCCACGGGGUCGACUCAGGCUGAAUCUGGAUCGGCCGACAUCUUGAGGCCACUGCAAUCCUCUUGGGCUCUUCCCAGGGAUCGGGAAGCCCCUCUGCAACCACCGCUGCCGCUGUCUGGCGUCGUUGGAGCAGACAUCACCAACGACUAUGAAACAGACGCAGGAUCAUCAACAAGCUCGCCCCGAGGAGGCAUUGACGACGACAUUGAAGGGGAUUCUCUGAUCGCUUCGUACUACCAGAACUUUCACAAAUUCCACCCACUCGUAUUGCCACAGAAGCACUUGAUACGAAUCCACCGGACACCGACCAUAAAGUUGAAUUUGAGACCUCUCCUUGCCGUACUUCGCCUCAUUGGUCACAUUUACAGCGCCCGAGAAUGGUCGACAAGCCUCAGAGAUCAUGUCGAAGCUCGCUUCGCGGAGGCUUCGCAUGCAGACCCAAUCAUGGUCCAAUGUCGAACAUUGUAUUCCAUAGCGUUAUUCUGGAACACUUACAAGGACGAAUCCAAGAAGGAAAUGGACGCCGCUGUUCGACUGGCACUUGAUCUACAAAUGUUUCGGCGGGACUUUGCCGCCAAGCAGGGCUCGCAAGACGCCGUAUUGACCGAGUGCUGGAGACGGACGUGGUGGACGCUGUACAUGAUCGAUGCCUUUUACGCAGGAACCCUUGGAACCAUGAAUUUCGCUACUAUAGACAUCGUCUCCACUGUCGACUUGCCAAGCGAGGAGUGGGAGUAUGAAGAAGGGCAAAUCCCUGAACCGAAGACGCUGCAAGAUUUCGAUUGUCGCGACCUAGCUCCAGAAUCGACGUCGUUCUCGUCCUUUGCCUAUCUCAUUGGUGCCGUACGAUGUUCCGCACUGGCAAUAUCUACAGCACCAAAGGUUGCGACGAGCGAAUGCUCACAACAAAUUCUCCAGGCAGCCGAUGCGGUCAUCAAUGGAUGGCUUCUUCUAUUGCCCAAGGGCCGGAAACAGGUCAUGAGCAAAACUGGGGAGUUGGACGAACUCAUGUUUCAAGCACACCUCUUGAUCCACGUCGCAACUAUCGGCCUCCACAGACCAUUAUCAGAUCUCAAGUUCAACCCGAUAGAAUGGAUUUCGAGUUGUGCCCGAGCUCCACCCCGCGAAACACCCACGCCAGAACUCAUCAAUGUGCAUACGGUGCGAGUCUUGAAGUCGAUAGAAGCACAGAUCCGCCUUUUGGCGUUACCGACGACGGAGCAGUUCCACCACAGUCCUUUUACCACCUGCAUGGUCAGCGAAGGAACCUUGGCGCUACUCUCGGGAUGCAAGUUCCUGUUCAAAGGAAAAGAACUCGCCGUCGCCAGGGACCAGAUUCGUAUGACUAUUGGGUGUCUCAAGGUGCUGGGUGAGGUGUGGCCCAGGACGGCAAAGAAUGUACAGGAGAUCCAGACCAUCGCUCGACACGUUCUUGGGCUGGGGAACCCUGGGGCGACCGAGCCAGACAACAGUGUACGCGGGCCCAGCGAAGUUCCAAGUCUUUCAUCAAACGACCAGGGCCAAACGACGAAUGAGGGACCCGAUGAUGAAGAUCCUUCGCCCAACAACGAUAUCGAUAUAUUUCCUUCCUUGGGUUCUAUGGAGGAUCUUUGUGGGUGGUUUAAUAAUAAUCCGAGCGAGUUCGCUCAAGACCCUUCUUGGUGGACAGAGACCGCCCUUUCUUGA